AUGAUACAAUAAGAUUAACGAAUUUAUAAUGAUAAUCUGCCUUAUGAAGUUAAGCCAUUUAUAACUUAAAAGGAAAAAACAAGAUGUUAUUCAAUGGCUAUCAACUCUGACAAUAAUUUAGUUAUAGUUGGUUCUGGUUAUUACAUUAAAGUAUUUGAAAUACAAUAAACAACUUUAAACGAAUUAUAGGUUUUAGAUGAGCAUAAACAACUAGUUCUUUGCCUUAGUUUCUUUAGUAAAAGUUCUUAAACUCGAUCAUUCAUCUCAGCUGCAGAUACAAUUAUUAUUUGGUAGGAGUAAAAUCGUAAAUGGAUUGUUUAAAAUUAAUUGAGAAUAUAAGAAGAUAAAACACAAAUAUAGAGUUUAGUAAUUCAUCCUCAAGAAGACCUUAUCUUUUGUGGGUCUAGAGAUAACAUAUAAUUUUGGUUUUAGAAUCUAAAUGCAGAGUCAGAUGAAAUAUAGUAAUAAAAAUAAUAAUAAGAAUGGAUUUGUAAACCAUAUUAAUAUUCUAAUAUUUUUGGUUUAUCUAUCAAUCAAAAAGGAGAUAGAUUAAUAGCAUGCGGUACAGGAUAAGAAAUAUUGGUUAUGGCUGGAAAUAACACUACAGAAUGGAAAGUUGUAGAAAAAAUAUCAACCAACGCUUAUGGAUUGAGAUUAUGCUUUAUUACUAAUGAUGUAAUUGCUUUUUAAGAACGAGGAUCUAGACCUCAUGAUUAAUUAUAAUUUUACUCAUUAAAUUCUAAAGAGAAAUUAAAUCAAAGUAAUGUUAAAGGUGGUGAAUAAGCUUGUAAUAGUUUAUUUCCUUUAAGUUAUAUACAAUCUAAAUAACUAAUUAUUGAUAGAAAUGGUUAUUGCGUAAAUGUUGUUAGUAUUAGAUAAGAAAAUUAAUAUUAAUUUUAAACAAAUGUAGUAUAAUAUUUUUAAUUUUAAACUGAAUACAUUUAUGGUACCGUUAGUAAUGAUGGAAAUCUUUUAAUUCUUUGGAAUGAUUAAGAAGAAGAAAUUUAAAUUAGAAUAUUUAAUGCUUCUUAUUAUUGA